CCCAACACGCAAUGAGACCUGGCAGUUUGGUUUUGCGUUGAUAAACUUCAUCCGCUGCGAUCCAUAGCCUACGCCGGCGCUUCAGUUCUGCUUUAAGCAAAGUUUCAUUGGGCUUAAAUAAGUUUGAAGGCCGGUGACCAUCGGCAGCCCGCCACGAGCCCCCUUCCAACCCUGGCACUUCUCCGCUCCUGGAAACCUUGAAUGCGCGCGGCUCUUCGACCAUAACAUAGCGGUUUCCUAAGGUAUGAACAGCCACAGCUGGCGAAGGCAGUUGUCCCCGGACGCACACGCGCCAUGGGCACUCACAGCUAGCGGCCUGGCAUGGUUUGCUGGAGCCGCCCGUGCGCCCAGCCCCUGCCAACUCUCAGCGCAGCCAAGCGAAUCGCAAUCUCAGCAGCAGCAUCUGCCGCGAGGUACAGGACGCGAACGCACAGAACGAGUUCUGACGCACCACCGGCCGCGGAAGCCGGCGCUGCGGCCAGGGUCGCUGCUGCACUCUUGCGUGCUGUCGCUGCUCCUGCUCCUUCUGCUUCCGCCCGGGGCACUGGGCGCUAGCGCGCCCGCGGGCGCGGCCCGGGGCCAGCGUAGCCGCUUGUUUGGCGCUGAGGGCCGCAUGCUCCGCACCGCGGUCGGGCACUUGCAGCAGAAGGCACACAAGCAGCCACCACAGCUCGGGGCAUCUGUCGACGCUGCUGGCAUACGAGUGCCGGGGAGGGGCUUGCGCCAGGCCAUGCAAGCCGGAACCGCAGGGGACGCAACAGAGCAGCAGCAACAGCCGGCAGUAGCCGACCAACAAACAGCGGCUGACCGCCAGAUGACAUCAGCAGAUGCCGUGCUGGCGGCACUGCGGCGCUUCGCCUAUCUUGACGGAGCCGCCGCAUCCGAAGCGGUGGCCGCGGCGGAGGCCGAGGCUGGCGGCACCGGCAUCGCCCCGCCCGCCCCCGCCGCCUCCGGGGAAUCUGGAACCGCGCAGCAGCCGCCUCCGCCACGGCGGGCGUCGCAGCUGCCGCAGCCUCGCAGCGUCAUCUUGAGUCACCUGCGUCACGCCGUCGCCAUGCCGUCAACCACCAAGCUCCGAGCCGUGCUGGAGCUGCGCAGCGGCGCCGGCCGCUGGCUGGCAGCUCACACCGCCGCUUACGCCGCCCUGAACGGCUCCUGUUUAGGCGCCUGGGCCGCCGGCGCCAACGCCUUCCUGGAGGUCAUCCUGCGCCGCCACUACGGCCUGGAGCUACAGCCAGUGGCAGUAGCAGCGGCGGCGGGCGCAGGAGGAGGAGGAGGAGGAGAGCGUGGUUUGCUACAGCCAACGGCGGCAGGCGCGGGUGCGGAUGCGGAUGCGGGUGCGGGUGCGGACGCUGCACAGCAGGCGCAGCAGCAGCCGCAGUCGCAGCAGCAGUCCCGACGGGCGACACUGCAGCAGGCCGCUACCGUCGGGGUGGUCACAGGCGCGGUGCCGGGCACAGCGGCGGUGGCGCCGCGCUUCCGGACCGUGCCGGCGGCAGCCAUGGCGGCCACCGCCGCCAGCGGGGGUGCAGGCGGUGCCGUGCGCGGCAACGCCGGCGGUGGCGCCAUGCAGGCGGCCCGAAUGCCGCUGGCCCCCGCACCCGGCCUGCCGCUGCUGCGGCGUGUAUUGCUGUCUCAGCUGGUGGCGGCAUGGCUGACUGGGGACGUGUGCGAGUCAGACCUGGGGUCGGGGGCAGCAGGAGCAGGAGCAGGGGCGGCAGCAGGGGGGGCAGCAGGGGCAGGGGCGGCAGGAGAGCCAGGCGAAGCGGGGGCCGGUGCUGCGCCUGCUGCACUUUUGGCACGCAUGUUUGCGCUGCUGUACGCAAUUCACCGCCAGUCUGUGGAGGCGCGGGGCGUGUUGCAGCACCUGCACAUCAGCAAGAGCGGCGGCACCAGCUGGGGCGAGGCGGCGGGCGCCAACGGCUGCGUGUCGCCGCCCACGCUGGGCAAGCACGUGCGGGGCUUCAGUGACGAGUGCCGCUGGAUCGACAUGCCCGCCUACCUGGCCGUCAGCAGGGGCCACCGCAUCCUGUGGGGCCGCUGGGGUAUGGUGGAGCGGCCUGACACGGCACGAACGUGCCGGCAGCGCUUCGCGGCAGUGGCAGCGCCUGACGCCGGCUAUAGCUUCAUCAGCAACGAGUACACAUUGCUGGCCGGGGAUGGAGGGAUGUACGACGCGCACCUGUGUCCCCAGUUUGUGAACGUGGUCACUGUCAGGGAGCCGCUGCGGCGCCAGCACAGCCACAUGCGCUUCAUGCUGACGCUCAUAAAGGCCUACUGGCUGAAGCGCAACCCGGACGACGGCGAGGACGUGUUCCACAACGUCGUGUGCGGAGCCAACGCCUCCUUCGUACGACAGCUGGCGCCGCCCGUGGCCGACAACUACAUGCUGCGCUCCUUCCUGGGUGAGCGCGGCUUCCACAGCCCGCUCGGCACCCUGGGACCGGAGGCGGUGGCGGCGGCGUCCGACCAGCUCUUGCAGUUUGAUCUGGUGCUGGACCUGGACGCGGUGGGAGGCGGGGGCAGCAGAGGAGGAGGAGAAGGAGGAGGAGGAGGAACAGGAGAAGGAGGAGGAGGAGGAACAGGAGGUGGUGGAGGAGGAGGAGCAGGUGGCGGGGCGGCGGCGGUGAUGGCGUUGGGUCUGGGCUGGAACGCCACGCUGGCAGAGUCCCACACGCUGGCCACGGACUCGCUGCACUACCACCGCAAGCUGGACUACCGCACCUGCCACCCCGCAGAUGAGGCGCUGAGGGAGAUACGCGCAGCGCAGGGGCCAGACCGCCAGUUGUACAGCUUCGCCCGGGUGGUCAACCAGCUGGAUGUGAUGUGGCUGGAGGCGGCGGCGGAGCUGACGGCAGGUGUGGCGCCGGCAGCGGACACGGCCGGCCUCAUGAGGUGCGGCUGGCUGCACCGGGGCGCUAACGGCUCGGCAUUGGCGGCGGCACUGGGGCCGCAGCGGCUGCAGCACUGGCUGCACCCGCUGAUGGCCGCAUGAGGAGCUGGCGGGGGCUGCGGGCAGUGAGGGUGAUAGAGCAGGAGGGGAAGGGCAGGAGAGUUGGGAAGGGGUGCUGGGGCUUGUGUGGUGGGUCGUGGGGCAAAGUACGAGUGUGCGCGCGAACGCACAAGCUUCGGGGCUGCCGUGAUGUGGCAUGAAUGCAACAUUCAUACAGAUGGUACCGGUAUGAAGGUCAGGGCAUGUUAAGCAUAUGCAUCGUCUCCUUGUGGGUAUGGAUGUGGUGUGGGGGUGGGUGGAAGACGGUGUUAGGUGUGAAGCUCUUGUUAUAUCUGCAUGAGGGGCACAUGAGGGUGGUUGCAGACAUGGCCUUACGGACCAGCAUGAGCGAGACUGGUGCGUGAUUGCGUGUGCAUGCAUGCGUGCGGUUGAGCCCCCCCCCCUGGCGGUAGACACGUGUCGCAGCUGUAGCCGUGGAGGUAGACACGUCCACGGCGGUAGACACAUGGGAUUUUGAACCGCGCUUCUAUGGAGUGUAGACGUUUUGGCGCAGGUUUGCCGGUACGGUAUUUUCGGACGUCUUGGGGGUUUGGGGGCUUGCCCCUAGGAGUCUGCUGAUACGCCUGACAGCCAGUGGCCAAGUGGCCACCCCUUUGCCCUGGCCAAGGCCAUGUGUUUUCGUGAUACGUACAUGCGGUACAGCUCAGGGGUACAGCUGCAAUCCAUUUGACGCACGCGGUGCGGCUGCUUCCACACGCGCUGGGGCGGAUGCGAGACAUG